CGGCUCUACCGCCAACGUCAACGUCCAUUAAUCAUCAUCUCUCACAUACUCUAGAGAGAGGAGAGAGCGCGGGAAAAUAGAAACAGUUACGAUUUUUGUUCGUGAACUCUCGAAAAAUGCAGAAGAUAGGGUUCCCGGCGAUGAAGAGCUUGGAUCAGAUUCGAUCUAUGGCGCUUGGAUCGGCGAAGAAUCUCUCCUUCUCUUCCUCGCGCCAACCUCACGAUUCCGUCUCUUCCGGAAACUUCUCGAAUCUCAAGUUCACUGCAGAGAAAUUGGUGAAGGAACAGGCAUCUAUGAAGUCCGAUCUUGAAUUGGCGAAUUCUAAGCUGAAAAAAUCCAAGGAUCAUAUACUUGCUUUGGAGGAGAAACUACAGAACGCUUUCAACGAGAAUGCUAAGCUCAGGGUGAUGCAAAAGGAGGAUGAAAAGCUUUGGAGAGGGAUGGAGUCCAAGUUUUCUUCAACCAAGACUCUCUGUGAUCAACUUACUGAGACUCUGCAGCACUUGGCUUCUCAGGUUCAAGAAGCUGAGAAGGAUAAGGAGUUCUUUGAGUCCAAAUUCUCUACUAGUGCGGAAACAAUUGACUCUUUAAAGCAGCAAAUGCAAGAUCUCUCUGUGAGACUGAGUUCCGCUGAAGAAAACAUCAAAAGCCGAGAGAAGGAACUAGAGGAGCUACGAUUCGAGAAAGAACAGAAAGAAAACUCUUAUCUUAGUGAACAGUGUAGAACUGCCAGUCUCUUAAACGUGAAAGAUGCUACGAUAGCAAAUUCUGAAGCAGCUAUAGCUGAAGCGAAAGUCAACAUUGAGAAUGUAAACUUCCAAAUUGAGAAGCUGCGGCUGGAGUUAACAUCAAAAGAAGACGAGGCCAAAUACCUUGUUGGCGUCAAGGAGAAUUUGGAACAAGAGAAGAUGGAUAUUCGGCUGAGUGCGGAUAAUCUAUCUGAGAAACUGAUUAACUCAGACCAGGAGGUUAAGAAGCUCGAGGGCUUUAUCCACUCUUUGGCAACUGAGUUGGGUGAAUUGGACAAAAAGAACUUGGUGUUCAUGAAAAACUUUGAUAAGCUAAAUGCUUUAUAUGGCACUCACCUUAUGUUGCUCCAAAAGGAUAGAGAUCUUGCCUCUGAUCGUGCUCAAACGUUAUUCAAUCAACUCCAAGGAGAGUUAUUGAGUGUAACCUUUCAGAAAGAAGGUCUGCAAUCAUCAGGUAAUGAGUUAUAUGAACAAAGAGAGGAACUGAAGAAAGCUAAAGAGACAUUGGUUUCCCAACUUGCCGAGGAACGCUGCUCCGCAAGGCAGACAAUUGAAAAACUGGAGUCUGAAGCCAAAUGUCUAGUUUCAACAAAUGCUGAAACAGAAGCAGUGGUCGUAAAGCUGAAAGAGGAAAUAGAAGCUUUGUUGGAAAAUCUGAGGGCUUCAGAGAAUAAGACGGAAGAAUUGAUGUUAAAGCUUUCAUCAUCAGAGCUUGAAAGUAAAGAGAACUAUGAGAAGUUUCAGGCUGAUGCACAGAGAAAGGCUGAAGAAAUGGAGAUUUUGCAGAAAGAGAGCCAGAGCAAUCAGCUGCGUGUGGAUUCAUUGUCAGAAGAGGUGAACCAGCUCCAAAGCGUUAUUGAAGAAAAACAACUUCUUAUCCAUCAAUGCAAGGAAAAUGAAAAGAAGCUGGACCAGAAAACCACAGAGGACAAGGAGCUACUGGCAGCUGCUGAAACUAAGCUUGUAGAGGCGAAGAAGCAAUAUGCUCUGAUGCUGGAAAAUAAACAGUUGGAAUUAUCAAGGCACUUGAAGGAGUUAUCUCAGAGGAAUGACCAGGCCAUUAAUGAAAUCCGGAGGAAAUAUGAUGAGGAGAAACAGGAGAUUAUUAAUGCAGAAAAGGAAAAGGUUGAGAAGGUUAUCAAAGAAUUAUCCACUAAAUAUGACAAAGAACUUUCAGAUUGUAAAGCCGAAUCAAAGCAGCAAUUGCUAGCCAUUCAAGAGGAUCAUGCUUCUCUGACACUCUCAAUUCAGAAGGAACACGAAAAUAGGGAGUUCAAUCUCAAAGCUAAGCACGAUGAGGAGCUGAGACAAGCUCAGAUUCAGGCUGAAACUGAAUUAACCGAGAGGAUAACAACACUCAGGAACGAGCAUGAUGUUCAGUUGAAAGCAUUCAAGUGUCAAUACGAAGAUGAAUGCAAGAAGCUGCAAGAUGAAUUAGAUCUUCAAAGAUCAAAAGAAGAGAGGCAAAGAGCUUUGUUGCAAAUGCAAUGGAGGGUUAUGAGUGACAAAGAUCCUGAAGAGCAAGAACUGAACUCUAGGAAGGAAUACUCUGUUUCAUCUGUCAAAGUGAGAGCUCCUCGUCCUGCUAGCAAGAGAACCAAGUAUGCAACAGUGAUGCAGGAUGGAGACGAACAGGAUUCACCUUUUGUAAAGGCAGCAGAAACACCUGUGACAAAGAUGUCGAAAAAAGUUGAAAAUGCAAAUACGAGAAGCUUAAUGAGCAGUCAAAAGCAUCAUAGCAAGGUGGCUCGUCGUGAAUAUGAAACUGAAACGAACGAUGGGAGGUCCACAAAACGAAGGAAAACAGGAGGCACAGUAAUGUUUGAGGAGCCAAGGAGGAGAUCUACACGGAUUACACCCAAAGCCAAAACCCCCAGAAGUAUCGCUAAGGUGGCAGCCAUAAGGAGUCAUCCACCACAGUCUGCAAACCUAGGAGAUCUGUUUUCAGAAGGCUCCCUCAAUCCUUAUGCUGAUGAUCCUUAUGCGUUUGACUGAUUUGAAUCUAAGCUAAGCUCGGAUCCUAAAACUGUUUUCCGCACUCUUAAGCUCUUUGCUACACCAUUCGAUAAAUAUAUGUUGGUCAUACCUUGUGAUUACAGACGUUUCCUAUUGCAUCGAGUUUCUCAUUUGUUA